AUGUCCUGGGCAAAUCCUCAGCAGCAGCAGUUCCAGGUGUGGACCGCGCCCACAGGCUGGGUCGGCUCAUGGCCCCCCACCGCGCCCGCCGGGUAUUCUGGGCCCCCACCCAUCCCUGCCGGCGUGAACCCGCAGGCGUGGACCUCGGGGCGGUGGCAGUUCAACCCCAUGUUCCGCGGCCCCGUCCCCGGCGCGCAACCUGGCGUGCCCGCGUGGGCGCCGCAUCCUAGCUGGGGCUCGCAGGCGGCGAGCGCGUAUGUCGCGGCGAACAACUUCAACCCGUACAAGCGCCAGCCAAAUCCGGGCGAUCGCGACUACUGGAGCACGAAGCUGUUGGACAAUCCGCUGGGGCUCGAGAAUAUGGACAUUAGGGAUACGACGCCCAAGAAGAAGACGCGUGAGAAUGGGGUUGUGCACACGCCCUGGGUGUGGGUCCCGACGGAACUCUGUGAGUCUCCUGAGCACCAGGAUACGACUGACCUGCCCAAUGGGCGCGAUGGGAGGGAUGGGAGGGAAGGAAGGGAGGGAAGGGAGGGGGUGGAUGGACGACAGGGUCGGGAUACGUCGCGUAUGCAGGACGACCGCCCGCCCACUCGGGAGCCGUCGCGGUCGCGCCACGAACGAAGUACGUCUACAGCGGACGCACCAUCGCGGUAUCCUCAGGAUCGGUAUAGUGCCACGUACGGAAGCUCGACUUCAGCGCGCGAUACGAUCCCUGGACAGACUCGUGCGCAGGACAGGCCGGAGCCCCGACAGCGAUACGAUUCCACCACUGCACGCUCUCCGCGGGAUCCCAGUCGAAGUCGGACGGAGGGGCCAGCUGCAGAGCCCAAUGUUGUCCCUCCGCCGCCACCGAACAUGCCCAACGGAUACUCGUCAUACUCUUCCUAUUCCCAACAGCAUCAGCGUCAGCGGAGUCAUGAUGUCUCGCCACGCCCUCCAGAUACAAGGCCAGUGGAGCCACGGUCGUCCCCGAAGCCACCAACCUCAUCAGCAUCUGCGGCAGCGGCCGCUGCCACCGCCGCCAGUUCUGGUAGACCGGCCGGUGGACCAUCUGCCACAGAAGCCUUCAGCUCAAGGAGAGAACUGCAUCCGACGUUUAGUCCAAGCAUUGUCCGCACGCCGGGACAUUAUUCCGCGACCUCAACACCCGUCCCCACUCGUCGGUCGACCACGGACGAGUCGCAUACAACCUCGGCACAUACCCGUCGGUCAAGUGGUGAGCCAAGCGCACCGUCUGCAGCUAACACCCCUUCCCGCCGCCUCAGUGGUGACGACGCGCAUUACGCGUCCACCCCCACUUCUCGGCGCUCUACGCAGGAAGACCCCGCUCGUUUAUCUUCCCGUGCACCGGUAUCGCCGAACAAUCAGCAGCACGGCCCCAUCUACGCACCCGCCUCCGCGUCUACAACUACAUCUAACGCCCCCAGCCGUUCGAACAGCCUGUCUAAGCGCCGGUCCUCGGCACCCACGCCCUCAUCAGGCUCCCCACCUUCCGCGGCCGCACCGCUGCCAUACCUCGCCUCCUUCUCGGAGGAGCCGGAGGGUCUGCUGAGCCCGCUGGUUUCCGUGCCGCGCAACAUCGGCGGGGCGAGCCCCAGCGGCGGCCGCGAGCUCGGCCGGAGCUCGACGUACCCUUCGCUCUCUGCGUCGACCACGUUCGAGUCGAUCCCGGAGGAGCGCGCGCUAUCCCAGCCGCGCACGCCGAAACCAGUGGACAGGGCGCGGUAUAGCGACCCGGAGGCGACGCCGUAUGCGAAUGCGCGCUCGCCACCAAGGUCGUCCCAUGCAUCGCCGGAGAGUGGCCCCCAACGGAUAUCGAGGAGUGUGACGUACCCCGUUCUGGACGAACGUCAGUCCGCGCAUGCGCAUGCGCAGAUGUCGGCGUCGUAUACGUCGUCGCGCUCGCCGCCCAGUCAGCCGACGCGCUCGCCUAAUGCUGCGGCGACGACGACGAGAUCGCCGACGGCACGACCAAGGUCGCCCACUCAGCCAUCGCACUCGCACUCUCGUUCACAGUCCGUUUCGCGCGAACAUUCUCGCUCGCGCGGGCCGUCGCCCUCACGAAGUUCCCGCGCGACCCAGAAUCCGCUGCCCCGGCCUCCGAUGCCCUCGAAUUACCCAGCACUGUCCUCGGCCUCAGCGUACUCCUCUGCCUCUGCUACACAACCGGCAGCUACUACGUACCAGUCAAACUCUCAGCCGUCCUCGACCUCGACCUAUCCUUCCAGCGGGCGCACCACCCGCACGGUACGGAAGGGCUUCUGGAACAAACGCGGCGACCACCUUGUGUACGACCAGAACCGGUGGUGCAUGGUGUACGCACCGCGCAACUCGGCGAAUCCCCCAGAAUUGGCGAACUAUCCUUUGCCGGUGGACGGGUUCAUGGAUCACCAUGGUCAGAAGGUGAAGUACGAUCCGAACGUGCCAGAGCUACCCGAGUCCCUGCCGCUCCAUGGGGAGCCGCCGAAACGGCCGUAUAAAGAGGUGUGUGUCUCCCUUCGGCUCGCUCGGUGUACGUGGGCUCACGGGUUGCCGCAGUUCGUGCAAUAUGUCACCGUCUGA